AUGGCCCCCGCUGCUACCACCAAGAAGGCCGCCGCCGCCCCCAAGGCAAAGGCCAGCCACGCCAGCUACCAGGACAUGAUUACUGAUGCUAUUAUCAACCUCAAGGACCGCAAUGGCUCAAGCCGUCAGUCUCUCAAGAAGUAUGUCAAGGCCAACAACCAGUUGAACCUCGUCUCGGACAAGAUGUUCGACUCUCUGUUCAACAAGGCCCUGAAGAACGGUGUCGACAAGGACAUCUUCGAGCAGCCCAAGGGUCCUUCUGGCGGUACCAAGCUCGCCAAGAAGAAGGCCGAGCCUAAGAAGGAGAAGAAGGCCGCCCCUGCUCCCAAGAAGGAGACCGCAGUCAAGAAGACUGCCACCAAGGCCACCACUGAGAAGAAGGCUGCUGCCCCCAAGAAGGCCGCCGCCCCCAAGACCACCAAGGCUGCCACUGAGAAGAAGGCUGCUGCACCCAAGAAGGCCGCUCCUAAGAAGGCUGCCGCCAAGGCCGAGAAGCCCGAGACUACUCUCACCAAGACCAAGUCUGGUCGCGUUACCAAGACCCAGAAGCCUGCUGCCACCAAGAAGACAACGGCCACCACUAAGAAGGCCGCGCCCAAGAAGGCUGCCGCCAAGGCAUAA